UACGAGAGAGUUGGGAGAAGAAACAGCAAAGAAAUGGAGAUAGAAAGGUUGAAGAAAUUUGUGUUCGAAAACGCCAUGAAAGGAAGAUGGGAAGAAGUGGUGGAGAAGUACUCCACGGAUGCAAGAGCUCGCGGUCUGAAAAUCACUAAGCGAGGGGACACGGCGCUGCACGUGGCAGUGAGCGACGGCCAAGUUGGCGUAGUGGAAAAACUGGUCACAAUAAUAAUCUCGGAGGACAAAGGCAACACCAAGAAAGUGCUUGAAAUGGGAAACGACAGAGGCAAUACCGCGCUUCACAUUGCGGCUACGCUUGGGAAUGUGAAGAUGUGUUACGACAUAGCGUCGGUUGAGGCUUCCUUGGUGGGAAUUCGAAACCACGAGGGCGAGACACCGCUCUUCUCCGCGGCUCUGCAUGGCAACAAAGAUGCUUUCCUUUGCCUCGACGCCUUCUGCACCUGCACCAUCGACCACUGUCGAAGAUCCAACGACGGCCACACCAUUCUUCAUUGCGCCAUUUUGGGUGAUUUCUUUGAGCUGGCAGUUCAUAUCAUAGAACUGUACAAGGAACUGGUGGAGUUUGUGAAUGUCCAAGGUUUUACUCCACUCCAUCUUCUUGCCACCAAGCCUUCCGCUUUCAAGAGUGGAACUCACUUGGGAAGAUGGAAGAUGAUCGUUUAUCACUGUAUCUUUGUGGACCAAAUAAAGGUGGAACCACACUCAUUUCGUCACGCUCUACCCAAGAAGCCACUAUCACUGCACCAACGACCCUCGUAUCCAAACCAUCACAAGUGUUAUCCAGCCAACUACAGCACAUGCGCCCACUUCUUCCGUUUUCUGUGGAAAGGAAUUGGAAUGGUGUUUACUGUGGGGACAACAAACAAAAAACCCAACAGCACCACAGAUGCAGAUGCAGAGAAUCCUCCUCAACAAAAAGGGCAUGAUUCAAUGGUCAAACAUCAUGAGCUCGCAAUUCUCCCCCAAAAUUAUGCCACAUGUUUCAACUUUCUGAAAAUGGCUUCCAAGGCAGUGCUCAUAGUGAUGGGGCUAGGCUCUGCACAAAUAAAAAAGAUUCAGGAGAAGAAGGAGAAGCACACUUGGGCUGUCCAAGUUAUGAACCAACUUCUACAGUGUGCUUCAAUGUAUGAAUAUGAUGACAAUGGAGGUUCACCUACGGGAGCCAAAGAAGAGGAAGAAGAAGAAGAAGAAGAAACACAGCCUUAUCACUUCGCCAACGGCUGUGUCACCUUCGAUGAUUACAACAUCUCUGGACAUCCAACCCAUCAUCUUCAACCUCCCACGGAUUCUCCCCAACAACCAAACAUGCCGUCCCCCGAGGAGAUUAAUGACGCAGAAGAGAAAGAAGAAGGAACAAACAUUGUUAUAGAAUCGAAUGGUGGGUUGGUUGGUAAAAUCCACAAACAUAUUCCUCCAACUAUUGGAGACAAAAAAGUGGUUACCACAGCUGCAGCAGCCGCAGGGAGAACAACAGAGACGCCUGUGUUGAUUGCAGCAAAGAAUGGUGUGGUGGAGAUGGUGGAGAAAAUCCUCCAUCUAUUUCCUGUGGCCAUCCAUGAUCUAAACGCGGAUGGGAAGAACAUUGUGUUGUUGGCUGUGGAGAAUAGGCAACCUCACGUCUACCAACUAUUGGUGGAGAAAAAUAUUGUGAAACAGAGUGCCUUUCGAGUUGUGGAUUCUCAAGGCAACAGCGCGUUGCACCUUGCAGCAAAGCUGGGAGAUCAUAAGCCUUGGCUCAUCCCCGGAGCUGCCUUGCAAAUGCAAUGGGAACUUAAAUGGUAUCAGUAUGUGAAGGGAUCGAUGCCCCCAAACUUUUUCCCCCACUAUAACAAGGACCGAAAGACUGCAAGACUUAUCUUAUCCGAGACCCAUACUGAGCUGGUGGAAAACGGGGGGAAGUGGCUUACAAGCACCUCGGAGUCCUGCUCUUUGGUGGCUGCCCUGAUUGCAACCGUCGCUUUCGCCACCGCCGCCACCGUCCCGGGUGGGAACGAUCCAAAAGGCACGCCAUUGCUCCACGGGCAACCCGCCUUCAACGUAUUUGCGAUCGCGUCUCUGAUUGCACUCUCUUGCUCGGUGACGGCAUUGGUGAUGUUUCUGUCCAUCUUGACGUCGAGGUUCCAAGAAAAGGACUUCGGAGGCAAUCUGCCGAGGAAGCUUCUGGUGGGUUUAUCGACCCUUUUCGUGUCGAUUGCAGCAAUGCUGGUUUCGUUUUGUGCGGGGCAUUACUUUGUGCUAAGUGAAAAGCUUCAAUAUGCUGCAUUGCCAGUGUACGCUGUGACUUGCUUGCCAGUCACAUUGUUUGCAAUUGCACAGUUUCCUCUAUAUAUGGAUCUGGUGUGGGCUACUGUGAAGAAUGUCCCUCAGAGGAGUUAUUCCGUCGUCACCUAGACCUACACUCACUCUUCUCGCCCAUCUAAAUAAUUGUUUCCAUGUGCGCACUCAUACAUUGUAUCAGCAUGCUUUCCC